AUGAGUACACCCAAUUCCAAACGAAACGAUGUGUCGAAGUUGAAAAAAUCAUUUUGCAACCUGAACAAGGUUUACAUGUCUUUGGGGUGUUCCCUAAAUGAAUUGGAACACAGCACGUUUGGAUUAUCACUAUAUAAAAUAAUAAGUGUUUUAUCUUUUGCUAUAAUAUUAACCAGUGUGCUACUUGAACAAGGUUACAUUACGUUUCUAAUAAAUUAUAUUUUUGGUGUUCGAUGUAUUGUACCCAACAAUUACUUUAUCUGGGAAGCAACUCGACCCAUAUCCGAUUGCAACUUUUGUGUAAACGUUUCGAAACCUGUCGUACUGCCAAAUUCAACUAGAGAAUUAUUCUCACCAUACAGUUAUGGUUCUCAACCGAUUGUGAUAAAAGGGGCCUUUUUACAUUGGCCUGCCAUGCGUAUAUUUUCCUUAGAAUAUUUUCAAGACCUAUACAAUAGAACAGAUGGCUCAAUUAGAAGCGUAGACGAAGAAUGCCAAUUUUUACACUUCAAGUCUGAUUUUAUAUCUCUCAAAGAUGUUCUGUCGAUGAGCAAGGAGAGAUCUUUAAAUGAUCCUAAAGAGAAGUCUUGGUAUGUUGGAUGGGGUAAUUGCCAUCCUACUGUACUAGAAGAAAUGCGAAAUCACUACCCGAAGCCACACUUCCUACCGGAAGACAGCGAAAUUCCUUCGAAAGAGUACAUAUUCAUGGGAUACGAUGAUGGAGCCACAUUGCACCUGGAUUUUAUUAAUCGUCUAAUGUGGCAAGCUCAAUUGAAAGGAACGAAACAUUGGUAUCUCCACCCACCUCCGGAAUGCGAACAUGUAUGCAAAUCGUUGGAAUUCUCUGUUGAACCGGGAGAUGCAGGUGAGUGUAUAUUACUUCCUGAAUAUUCAAUUUUAAUUAUUCCAUUAUUCAAUUUUAAUUGGUUAAUUAGUGUUGGUAGAUACGAGAGUGUGGUAUCACGGGACAACCAUUGA